CACUCUUGAGGACAUGGCUGUGUCCUUCACAGAGGAGGAGUGGGCGCUGCUGGAUCCAGGCCAAAGGGCUCUGCUCUGGGAAGUCAUGGAGGAGAAUGUUGCUAAUGUGGUGUCUCUGGCUGCUGGUUUGAAAAAAGGGAGGUUCACAGAAGAACCACAUCAGGUGAUCUUAGAAAAAAUUACCAAGGAGGAGGAGAAACCCCAGAGGAGAAAAACAGAAAGCAAAGAGAAGUGGAGAAGAUCCUUUGUUUCUCUGAACGAAAAUGUUCAUGGAGUGCCACGUGAAGAAGAAAUGGAUCAGGGCCAUGAGAGUUGUAAGUGUUUGGUGUGUGAGAAAAGCUUCAGCUUUCAAGGCAGCCCGAAUGUUCACUGGAAAACCCAGAUAGGGGGGAAAUGGUUGGACUGCUCAGAAUACCACUGGGAUUCUUUUAAAAAGUCAUUUCCCGAAACAGAUACGGGAACAUUUGAAUGCUUGGGUCAUGAAAAGG